AUGGUCCCAGGUUUCACCGAUCAAGAUGCCUAUCAAUCCGUCUUUACAAUUGGUCGCAUGGAAGUUAUCGCCGCAUACCAGAAACAGGAAUGGGUGAGCGAGAUGACGAUCGAAUACAUGAAGAAAGGGAAACGCGCCAGCACUUUGUGCCUGGCUACGAUGUGGCGAACUACCUCGGAUAUCGGCAAGAUCCAAUGGCAGGAUGUGUCAUUCACCUACAACGAGAAAGGUACACCUACUGGGGCUACUAUUAUCGAGAGCGAGCCGAAGGAAGGUCAAGCAAAACGCAGCCGACUAGGAGCAAUUGAAGAGUCACUGUUUUGUCCGAUGAAAACAUCAUGGGAUUGGAUGCAAAGAUUUCACGAUCUAAGGAUUCAAUUGCCUGUGGAUCACACGUUGUUUUUGACCUAUGUGGAUAUCGACUACAAGUAA